AUGGCGCUGCUGCUGCGGGUGGGGCUCCUCCGCGGCCGCUGCGCCUUCUGGCGGCCGCCCGCCGCCGCCUGGGCCCGGCCCCGCGGCUGUGCCCUCGGCGGGGUUCGCGGCCUGCAGAGCCUCCUGGCACCAACACUGUCCCCACCACGUCAAGGUCUCGGCGGAGUCCUGACAAAACAACUCCUGAUCCGAGACCCAGUCAGACUUUGGAACCUCCUGGGCAGCACCUCCUGGUUUGCUACAUCCAGCUCUCGGGGCAGUAACCAGAAGAAUGGAGGAUUCAAGAAGAAAUCUCCCCAGGAGGAGGAUGAGGAGGAGAAGCGCAGGAGGAGGGAGAACCAGAUGCACCUGGAGCGUUUGCGGGCGCUGCUGGUGCUCACCUUCGUCGUGCUGAUGCUUCGCUUCUUGAUCGGCGAGAACAGGGAAGGGACCAACAUCUCCUGGAACUACUUUGUGAAUGAGAUGCUGGCCAAGGGGGAGGUGCAGAGGAUCGAGGUGGUGCCUGAGAGUGACAUCGUGGAGAUUUAUCUGCACCCAGGUGGAACUCCACACGGACAAGUUAACGUGACCCUGCUCUACACCAUGCGCGUGGCAAACAUCGACAAAUUCGAAGAGAAGCUCAGAGCUGUGGAGGAUGAGCUGAAUAUUGAUGAGAAAGACAGAAUCCCCAUUUCCUACAAACACCCUGGCUUUUAUGGAAAUGAUGUCCUUUCCCUGAUAGUGACACUGGUGGCCGUGUCCAUGCUCUGGAGCAUCUUCCGCCUCUUCAGGGUGGCGAGCAGGGCUGGAGGCUUCAAUGCCUUUAACCAGCUGAAGAUGGCUCGUUUCACCAUUGUGGAUGGGAAAUCUGGAAAAGGGAUUGGCUUCAAGGAUGUAGCAGGAAUGCAUGAGGCAAAAAUGGAAGUCAAGGAAUUUGUGGACUAUUUAAAGAAUCCUGAUCGCUACCUCCAGCUCGGGGCCAAAGUGCCCAAGGGUGCCUUGUUGCUGGGCCCACCAGGCUGUGGGAAGACUUUGCUGGCCAAGGCCGUGGCUACAGAGGCCCAGGUGCCAUUUUUGGCCAUGGCAGGCUCAGAGUUCGUGGAGGUGAUUGGAGGUCUGGGAGCCGCGCGCGUGCGCAGCCUGUUCCGGGAGGCGCAGGCGCGCGCUCCCUGCAUCGUCUACAUCGACGAGAUCGAUGCCGUGGGCAAGAAGCGCUCCACCAACGUGUCAGGCUUUGCCAACGCCGAGGAGGAGCAGACCUUAAACCAGCUGCUGGUGGAGAUGGACGGAAUGGGGACCACGGAUCACGUCAUAGUGCUGGCCUCCACCAACCGCGCCGACGUCCUGGACAACGCCCUGAUGAGACCUGGCAGGCUGGACAGGCACAUCUUCAUUGACCUCCCAACGCUGCAGGAGAGAAAGGAGAUCUUUGAGCAGCACCUGAAGGGCCUCAAGCUGAUCCAGGAUGGCAGUUUCUACUCGCAGCACCUGGCAGAGCUGACCCCAGGAUUCAGUGGAGCUGACAUAGCAAACAUCUGCAAUGAAGCUGCUCUUCAUGCUGCCAGGGAGGGGCACAAAUCCAUUGAUACCUCCAACUUCGAGUAUGCUGUGGAAAGAGUCAUUGCAGGCACUGCCAAAAGAAGUAAGAUCUUGUCCCCAGAAGAGAGGAAGGUGGUGGCAUUCCACGAGUCCGGGCAUGCGCUGGUUGGGUGGCUGCUGGAGCACACCGAGGCCGUCAUGAAGGUGUCCAUAGCCCCGCGGACAAACGCGGCUCUGGGAUUCGCGCAGAUCCUGCCCCGGGAGCAGCACCUGUUCACCAAGGAGCAGCUGCUGGAGAGGAUGUGCAUGGCCCUGGGGGGCAGAGUGGCCGAGGCCAUCACCUUUAACAAGGUCACCACAGGAGCACAGGAUGACCUGAAGAAGGUGACCAAGAUUGCCUAUGCCAUGGUGAAGCAGUAUGGGAUGGUGCCCAGCAUCGGGCAGAUCUCCUUCCCAGACCCGGAGAGCGCCCCUGGCAUCGGCCGGCGCCCCUUCAGCCAGGGCCUGCUGCAAAUGAUGGACCACGAAGCCAAAAUCCUCGUGGCUCAGGCUUACAGGCGCACAGAAAAGCUCUUGCUGGAGAACCGGGACAAGCUGCAAACACUGUCCAGUGCCCUCCUGGAGAAGGAAGUGAUCAACUACGACGACAUCGAAGCGCUGAUCGGGCCCCCUCCCCACGGGCCCAAGAAGAUGAUUGCUCCUCAGAGCUGGCUGCAGGCUGAGAGGGACAAACAGGACACCAGGGAGGAGGAAACACCUCCCCAGCCACCAAGCCACGAGGAGGAGGAGGAACCACGCCUGAGACCAGUGUGAGCCCACUCCAUGUGGAGUGGAGGGCUCCGGAGGCUUCCUUUGGACACAGACCCUCUGCCCUCUCAGCUCCACUCAAAGGUGCUGAGCAGGGAAUUGCUGUGCUGCUGCUGCCACCCCAAAUGUAGGGGAUGGCUGUGCUGGCUCUUUGAGCUUUGUCCUGCAGGAAGGAGAACUGCUCAGGAUUUCAGAAUUGAUUCCUAGCAGGAUGGUGGUGAUUAGGAGUUGGUACGUCUGAUCUGCUGUGGAAGUUUCUUGUGCAAAGAAGCAGGGAACAUAUUCCAGUGGGUGGAAAGUCCCAUGUAAGCCACUUGUGGCUGUGCUCUGUGCCCUGGCAGGAGGGCAGGGCUGUGCCCUCAGCAUGGGGACACCCCUGUGGGGCUGAGCUGGGCUGCUGCAGCUCUUGUGUAACCUUUGAACACGACACACAAACAGCCCUGUCUGGAAUAAACUGCCCACAACGUGC